AUAAGUUGUAACAUCCGACAACGCAAGCAGCAGACUCCUGCACCACGCUCAUUCGCUCCCAGCUCACUCGUACGGCGAGACACUUCGGAAAGUUUACUGCGCGAUGGCUGCCGAAGUCCAGCCCCUCCAGCAGCUGAAGCUGCCCUCGGGACCCUCACCAAUCUCUGCCGAGCAGCGGUACUGGAAGUCGUUCAAGAACCACCUCGUGAUUCCCUCUCCGACACAAUAUCCCGUCACGCACAUCACCUUGCCGGCCUCGAACCCGACGACGCUCGGAUCGUCCUCGUCGCACAAUGACUACUUCGCCGUGACCACCGGCACGCGGGUGCAGAUCUACUCGAUACGCACACGCAAGCUGGUCAAGACGAUCACGCGGUUCGGCGACAUUGCGCGCAGCGGCGACGUGAGGCGCGAUGGACGCAUCCUGGUGGCAGGAGAUGACACGGGCAAGAUCCAGGUGUUCGACGUGGGCUCGCGCGCCAUCCUCAAGACCUGGACGCAGCACAAGCAGCCGACGUGGACCACGCGGUUCUCGCCAGCCGACCUGACGACGCUGAUGAGCACGAGCGACGACAAGACGGUGCGCCUGUGGGAUCUCCCGAGCAGCAACAGCACGAGCACCUUUGUCGGGCACACCGACUAUGUCCGCAGCGGCUGCUUCAUGCCGGGCACAAUGUCCAACAUGAUUGUCUCGGGAAGCUACGAUGCCACCGUCAAGCUCUGGGACCCGCGGACGCCAAAGGCCGCCGUCAUGACGUUCAAGCACGCCGCCCCCGUCGAGGACGUGCUCCCGCUCCCGUCCGGCACGACCGUUCUCGCCUCGGCCGAGAACCAGAUCUCCGUGCUCGACCUCGUCGCCGCCAAGCCGCAGCACAUCAUCUCGAACCACCAAAAGACCGUCACCUCGCUGUCCCUGGCCUCCAACGGCCGGCGGCUCGUCUCGGGCGGCCUCGACGGGCACGUCAAGGUGUUUGAGACGACGGGCUGGAACGUCGUCGCGGGCGCAAAGUACCCGUCCCCGAUCCUCUCCAUGCAGGUCAUCACCUCGGGCGCCAACGGCGACGACCGGCACCUGGCGGUCGGCAUGCAGUCGGGCGUGCUGUCGCUGCGCACGCGCCUCACGGGGCCCGAGGCGAGCCGCGAGCGCGAGCGGGAGAAGGAGAUGGCGGCCCUGCUCGCCGGCACGAUCGACCAGCACGACAAGCUCAAGAACAAGCGCAAGCGGCGCCACGGCAACGCCAAGCGGCUCGACAUGGUCGGCGAGGGCGCCGACGUCGUCAUCGCCAACGACCUGUCGCGCGCGAAGCGCGAGACCCCCUGGCAGAAGGACCUGCGCCACGCCCACUUUGCCCGCGCGCUCGACCGCGUGCUCGACCCGGCCGCCAAGGACCACUCCCCGCUCACCGUCCUCACCGUCCUCGUGGCCCUCCGGCACCGCAGCGCCCUCCGCGAGGCCCUCGAGGGCAGGGACGAGAACACCGUCCAGCCCGUGCUCAAGUGGGUGCAGCGCCACAUUGUCGACCCCCGCUACGUCGCCGUCUGCGUCGACGUCGCGGCACACCUGCUCGACCUGUACGCCGAGUUCGUCGGCGGCAGCGCCGAGCUCGAGGCGGGCUUCCGCACGCUGGCCAGGCGGGUCAGGCAGGAGGUCGAGCGGGCGCAGGUCGCGACGCAGACUAGCGGCAUGCUGGGCAGUCUGCUCGUCGGCAUGGAGUAGGCCCCGGGGUGCGCGUUGCUCUGUUUUCUUCUCCCGAAGAAACGACUUGGGUAUCAUGAAUGGAUGAAAAAGGACCGUGACCCGACGUUAGUGGUGACUCAAGUUGUCAUGGCAGAGGGAAGGAAUUGCUCGAUCACGGAUCUGCCAGACUGCCAGAUAUACACACAGACAGACAGCUCCGGGCACAAUCAAGGUGGGAAGAGACUGAUGAGGGCCCAACACGCGGCACUUUUUUUCUGUGUCGUCCCGAGUUUACCCCUCGUCGGCUGUUGUACUUGUUCAUAUUUCCCUGCAUCGCGACGGCGUUACAUUUAUUUGUUCACAAUCAAAAAUCAGUUUCAGUAGAGAGAGACUGGGGAAAUGGGUAGAAAGAAAUGCAAACUUCAAUAUACCAGAGACUGGGCCACUGGAUGAUAGAUUG